AAGCAGUAUUUCUCAAACUUAUACCUUGUGCGCUCGGAGAAUAUCUCUUUAGUUAGCCAAUUAACAGUAGUGCGACGUGCACUAGUCACAGUUCGAACCUUGGUCUCUGUAAAUCACUACCCUGAAAGUGUUUUGUACCUUUUUUCAGACUUGCCACCUGCCGUACUUAUUUAAUAGCACCUUGCAUCAGGUGUACCGCAUGUGUUAAUUGCGUUCUUUGCAGAACCUUUCCGGAUUUGUAAAGUUUACAUCAUUCUAGUCUGCUGUUUUCACUUGAGUUUAAUUGGUAUUUUUGAAGUGGUGACUGGGAAGAAUGUAACAUCGCCCUAAAUUACCUGAAGGAAUUGCGUUUACGUUUAUAGCUGCAGAAUGAAGCAGAGCCUGCUGACAUCCUAACUGUUCAAGGCAACCUGGGUGGAGCUCCUUAUUUGUGGAAACUGAUCAACAUUACAUCAUCUGUAAGUUAUCCUUUUCCAUUGGAUACAGGUCACACGGAGAGUGUAGUCAUGGCGACCAAGCAGCCUCCUCCUCUGAUGAAGAAGCACAGCCAAACAGACCUAGUGAGUCGACUCAAGACCAGGAAAAUCCUUGGUGUAGGAGGGGAGGAUGAUGAUGGAGAAAUUCAUCGAUCAAAGAUCAGUCAAGUUCUUGGAAAUGAAAUGAAAUUUGCAGUACGUCAGCCUUUAGGUCUCAGGUUGUGGCAGCUAGUAUCAGCUGUGAUGUUCACAGUAGUUGCGGUUAUGGCUCUCAUGUUUCCAGAUCAGCUCCAUGAUGCUGUGUUUGAUGAGGGUGCAGUUGGCAGCAAGACAUCGAUACGGCUCUACGGUGGAGCUCUGCUCAGUAUUUCACUAAUUAUGUGGAAUGCACUUUACACAUCUGAAAAGGUCAUAAUAAGGUGGACGCUUUUGACAGAAGCAUGUUAUUUUGGAGUGCAGCUUAUAGUUACGACAGUCACGCUUUGCGAAGAAGGGCGAUUUCCCAAUGGAGCCAUACUGCUUCUCUGCAGUCGAGGCAUCUUCAUCGCCAUAAGCAUCUACUACUACUAUCAAGCUGGAAGACGAUCCAAGAAGAUUUGAUUUUAUUUUAAUUUACUUCUGAAAAGAAAUAUAUUUCCUCUACGUGUUUUGGAUAGGUAGUGAUUUUUGUAAGACAAAAGUGGAUUUAAAAAAAAAAAAAAGAAAAUGCAUUGUGAUGGAUAUUUCGUUACGACCCAAAUCCUAUUUAUAUUCUUAAACCUCCCUCUAUUUCUCAGAGCUGGUCAGUAUAUUGUAUAUUUUUUUCUAUUUAUGCCUGUCUUCUUUUUUUUUUUUUUUUCAUUUGUUAUAUGUUACUACACCUGUGGGUUCAACGUGAUGCAUAUAGUAUAUAAAAUUUGUAAGAACACAGAAGCAUUCCUAGUCUGUCAUUCUUAAUGAGUAAAAUACCCAGUUUGAAACUGAAGGCAUGCUACAGGACAAGUGAUUGUAGUAUCCCUGAACGACUGGGAAACUUGUAGGCUGUUAUAUCUGAAAAAGGAAAUCAGUGUCUAAUAAACUUAUCAGGGCAACAAAACCCAAGUAAAAUAUACAGAAUUAGUUGCAUCUUACAGGAAUUUCUUAGUCAGUACACAGCCAGUACAGUCUGUUUCUUCAUGUCGAGUGAUCCAUAAUAACAUUUUAAUUCCUUCCAUUUCAUAUGUGGUCCACUGUGGGUAUUAAAAUGGGUAAUCAAAUUGCUGUCCUUAUAGUUUCCCCUGCUGCCCAUAUUAUAAGAACAUAAUAAGGUUAUGUUUUCAAAAUAUUUAAUGAUAGAUUUCAUUUUCUGUAUACAUAGUCCCAAGAGUGUUCUCUCUCAGCUUGAGAAAAGAUUUAAGACUUGUUUUAGUUGGUGCAAACUAAGCGAUGAUACCUGAUGCUUAUAUCGGUUGUUAUAAAUACAUUUUCACUCUCUCUCUAGUCUUCUUAGGUAUACAUUUAUUUAAACCAUUAGAAGCAGUCAAGUUUUCUAAUUAUUUUAUUGGAUUUUUAUAUCUCAGAUACAUAAACAAGAAACCCAACACAGUGAAAAACACAAGAAGCAAGAUAAAUAACAGCUAAACACAAACAAAACUAUUAACAACUAUGUACAACUAUUUACAAGAGUGUUACAAAGAUAAUAUGGUAAGAUUAUUCUGUACAAAAGAAGGAUCUUUAAAGAUAAAGCUAAACAAAAGUUUUUACUAACAUUUUGAUCAAUAUGAAAGAGUUUUUUUUUUUAAUGUAGAUUUAUAUACCUUUAUAUAUCUGAUAACCAUUUCCUUAAAUUCAGCCUAUGAUGUUUUUUCCCUAUCCAGUCUGUUUGUGUAAUGUACAGCUUAACUAACAUGAAUGGGGCUAUGUAUGGUCUUCGGGUUGUAUGUUUUAAGUGGAAUAUGAAGAGUAUGAAGAAGGGUAAACUCUUCGGUUAUGAUUUUUUUUUUGAUAACCAAAAACUUUUAAAUUAUCUUCAAGGGGAUGCCAUGCGUUGAGUACUUGCAGCCCAAUAACACAUGGGUCAGGUCUACAUAUUCAUUGGAGCAUGCAGAACACUUGGGGAGAAUUAGGGAGUAAUAUCAUGCAGUUUUUCCAGUGGUCACAUGAGCAUUAUUUAAAAUUGUAAACUGUGUAUAAAACAUUUUUUUAAGAGGAAUAGCCUUUUUUUGACAGACAGAAUGUUGUAUGUCUGUAGGCAACAAAUAUAAGCCAGAGUAUAACCAAUAAGAGGAAUACAUUAAGGAAUCUUUAUACCUAUACUCUGUUAUUAAUUUAUAUGACUCUGAAAGUGGCUUUAUCAGAUAAGAGAGAGCUAUUUAGUUGAUUUAAAAAUGAAUCUGAUGUUAUAUAAUUGUAUGUGAAUAUUUUUAUACUUGAAAUAAUAUAUUUGAUUCAGUAUAGGCAUAAAGUUUGCAGAAGGUUUUGACACUGAAGGUUAGAGUACUAUAUAAUUGAACUAAUAUGAAAAGUCACUUGAUAUAAAGUAUUCUGCAGCUCCGAUCUGAUACACAGGGCUAACAUUUUGAGUAUCAUCAUAUGAUAAAUAUCAGACUUGCAUUUGUAAGCAAUUCCAACUUGGUAUAGGCUGAGUCAUGAAAAACAAUUUAGCAUGCUUGAGAUACCUGUACCAAACAGACUUUAUCGUUUCUGUAUCAGUGUUGAAACCUAAUGGUUGUACAGAUUUGUGAAUGUAUUUAUCAGUGGAGCCAAAGCUUUGCUUGUCAUGCAGGCCUCAUUGCAUACCGAUCAUGUCAGUCAUAGGAGAGUGUCAGGGAGGUAUAAAAGGCACAUUCCUUGAAAUCCCUUGGGACAUAGGUUACCACUCAGUACUACAAUGUUUGCUAUAUUAGACAACAGCUAGAUGUUUUCCUUUCAUACAUAGCUGGCAGUGACAAGCGUCAUUAAGGGAUUCAUCACUGGUCAGACAUAAAUGCCUCUGUCCUUGGAAACUGAUGCAGAAAUGUGAAUACAGCCUGACUGUCUCUCUCUGUAGCAGAAGGUGAUUUUGUGGUUGGAUCUUCUCUUUAUAGUUCCAGGGUCUGUGAUUCACUCUUAGCUUCUAGACACUGGCUGUGAGAACUUUGUAUGCUCUUCUCAUGUCUGGACUGGCUGUCUCCUUCAGUUUCCACCCACAUACUAGAAAAAUGUUUGUUGAUCGGUUCCGCUAAAAUCUUCUUUAUAUAGGUAGUAUUUACCUUCACUCAUAUGAUUUGUAUCAGUGCAGGAAAGAGUUCAUAGAAGGAUGGUUCACUUACCUGAUUAAGAAAUAAAUAAUUUAAAUUAAUUAAAAAAAUAAAAAUAAAUAAAAAGAUAAAAAUUGUUAUUGAUAGAUGUAGUUGCCUUACUUUUUGUUGAGUUUAAAAGUUUUGAUCAUCUGAUUACUGAUUUCCCCUAAUGAACAGUAGCCACCUCUUUUGCUGGAUUUCUCAUUUCCUUUGCCCAGCUGAUUCAAUGAAUGACCUUUCCAUGAUAUAGAUGCUAAGCCUUUGGGGCUUAAGUGUCCAGCCAGACAAUGCAUUACAUCAGUACCAUGGAGCUUAUAUCAAAUUGUCCGCUUAAGGCUUUGCUGCUUUUCCUCCAUGUAGGUGUGUAUGUUUUUGCUGCUUCGCACUGUACCAAUGAAUUGUAGCAUAUAACAUCUCACUGGACAGCUGUCAUAGCCUGCUGCUUUCAUCUCUUUAAUACAUGCUUGAUCUGCAAUGUGAGCAUAUGUGCCUACACUCUGCAGCUACAUUUAUAACACUGCGACUGCCUCUAUUAAAUGGAGGGCACCUUUGACCUGAGCUAUUUAUACACCAUCCGGAAUCUGUGCUGCCAGGAUUCAUUCGGGCUAUUAUGAAAUAAGGGUGAAUGCAUUUCCUCAAAUUUGUAGACAAACUUUGUUGGGCUGAAUGUGUUUGUUUAAUGGCAUCUCCCUUUCCAGACAGGGUGCUUUAGUUUACCAGGUUCCUAUAAAUAGCUGCUUCUUUGUAGUUAAUAAAAUGCUUCACAAGGACUGCUGUUAGCAACAGUUAUGCCAAUGCUUCGUAUUAAAAAUGCUGGGAUAAAAAAUAUAUAGAUAUAAUGAAACUAGACACAAGACUAUUAUAGAAAGUAGACUAUGUGACUGGAAGGGUAGGGUGGUACUGAUAAUGGACAGUAUGGCCCUACUGCAUCGCCAUCAUUACAUAUCACAUGACUCAUUCCAGCACUGAGCCUUGUGCAAGACACUUCUCCAAACUCUUUCACAAAAGGUAAGGCCACUGCAGGACUCCUGGACAUGUUUCUGGUAGAGGAUGUAAAACUGUUGUCAAAAGGACAGCUUAGUCUGUUAUUUUGACCGUUCGGAUAUAUGUUAAAGAUAUCAAAAGUCAAAAGCACCAAAAACCACAAACUGCAAAUAGAAAAAAACAUUCCAAAGGUACCACUCCUUUAUUAAUUAAAACCAAUAUUAAGCACUUUCGUCUCGACCACUAGAGACUUCAUCAGAAUACAAAACCAGAAUGUUCAGCAUGAAUUUAAAUAACCCCCUUAGCAUACAAUUAAAAACCUCUAAACAAUCAACAUAUUUCUGAAAAAAUUAUAAAAUAUAUACCAUGAAAUAACUUCUAAAAAUUCUCAAAGUUAUAUAACAUUUGCCCUUUCAUGUAGCGUAGGUGUAAUAGAUCAUUUAAUCCCGUGUGCCACUCUGUUUUUCUCUUUCUUAAAAUAUUUCUCCAAUCUCCCCCACCUAGGCUGAAGCCUGGUGCUUUCCAAAAUAUCAAAGACAAUUUUUUUUGAAAUCCAUGCAACUCUGAGAAUGCUUGAAUAGGGUGUUAUUUUGUUUUUCAUUUUUUAUGUCGUUUAAAUGUUUGCAUAACCUACAUUUAAGUGGACGCUCAGUUUUACCCACAUGAAAAUUAAGACAUGUUACGCAUAUAGCCAGAUACACCACUCUGCUUGUAGCACAAUUACCUUUUUUUUGAAUAUUACUUAAAAACAACAAUAAAAUAUACAUGUAUUUUUAUAUUUAUACAUAUUUUGUUGUAAAUAAUGUUCAUGAUGAACAUUUUUAAUAUUUCAAACCUAUACAUGUAUAUGUAGUAAAGUGAUUCAUCUUCAUACGGACGGAGCAUCAAUUAGUAUUUCUUUUGAUAAAACAGUAUUUCCUGUGGCAACUUGGUUGUUGAUUGGUUUAGAUGCUUUUAAUUGUAUGCUAAUGGGGUUAUUUAAAUUCAUGCUGAACAUUCUGAUUUGUAUUCUGAUGAAGUCUCCAGUGGUUGAGAUGAAAGCGCUUAAUGUAUGCAUGUAUGUGUCUUUCGGCUUUUUCCCGGUUAGGGGUCGCCACAGUGGAACUCCGGUCCACUAUUGGUUUCAAUUAAUAAAAGAGUGGUACCUUUGGAAUGCUUGGAUAACUUUUUUUAUAUGUUAAAGAUAUACAUGAUAUUCUUUUCAAACCUCGAUACAUCACAUUGAUGAACGAUUCCUAUACCAGUAGUACCCAUGGAAAUGCCUUUCCAGGGUUAUAAAAUUUGUCACUUAGCAUGUGCUACACACUUGACACAGAAUAUUUCCAAAAUGUUAUCCACUUGGGGUCUCUGAGGCCAUUUGCAUGACCGUGUGCUUUCUUCUUACAAAAGUGACCUGCAGAUUUUGGUUUUAGGACCUCCGACCUUCAGGUGUCUAAUGCUUCUUGGUACUUUCUCAACCAGGAAGAUGUGAAUACCAUAAAUGGCAGUUGAAGAAAAUGAGUGUAUUAAAGGAAAAACAGUAUCACUUUUCAGUAUUAUGAUAAAAUUGGAAUUCUUUGUAUGUUGCUGUGUUUCUUCUACAUAUUAUUGCACAACACAAUAGACUACCAUCAACAGUUUGCUGUUGUCAUAUUUACUGUUCGAUCUGAAAAGCUUCAUCUAGUUUUGAAGGACCAGUAUCUGUGAAGGUCUGGAUCUGUUAUCAAUCAAUUGGGCAGAUAGCAGCCAUAUGUGUGAACUGUCGAGGAACAGACAUGCUAUACCGAUACACAUGGCUGUUAUAACUAUGGCGAAAAUAUAAUGUAAUAUGAAGCUGUAAAACUUUCUUUUCACAAUUCUCUGUUGAGUUCUGUCAUUACACCUAACAGAAUAAAUGUUCUACUGUAUUUAAAAACUGACUAGUAAAUGGGAGUCAUGAAAUUAAAUUUGUGUCGACUUUUUCCUGUAACUUUAGUACUGUGUAAAAACUGAAUUUUUGGUAAAAAUGUCAUUCAGGUUUAAUAGGCCAUUAUAUCCAAGAAAAAAUAAAAACUUUUGUUUCGGGCUCUCUACUUCUAUACAUUUAAUUUAGGCUGCUCUUUGACUUCAAAGAAAUAGUAAACAGAGAAGUGUGUUUUUUUUUAACUACUAAAUUUGUGUGCUAAAAGUGUGAAUGUGUUUACUGCUAACAAAAACAGGUCUGUAAUCCAAAAUGAAGAAAGUUAAAGAAGCAAUUACUUGUAAUUUUUGACCUAUAAUUCCAAACUCCAAGCUUCACUUCAGAAAGUAUUUGUAUUUCCUUCAUCAUGGUCUAUGGUAUACUUACAGAUACUGGCAGUGUGAUAUUAAGUGCAUUUAAAUUGGUUCUCCUGUUGACAAUGGAUUUUAAAGUAUAAAGUUUCAAAAGACCUACACUGAUUUAAUUUUAUUCCAAUAUUUUUAUAUAACCAACUCAGCUUGUCAGAGAUCAGUGUGGCAGAUGUUUCCUUAUUGCUGUUAAGAAUUUGUAUUAUGAAUGUUGUGACAUGUAAAUGUAUUAAAGUGAAAUUGAGAAAAAAAAUGUAAUGGUCAUCACAAAACAAUUUUUAUAAUAUUUUCGCUUAACCAUCUCCACACUGAAAACAAAUGGAAAUUUCCUGGGGAACUUUAAUGCUUAUAAUGUCAGAAUAAAAUAUUGUAGCAUUCUAAAGUCUACUCCAGAAUAUUUAAUCUUAAUACAUGUUGCAAUAAGUACCUCUACUAAUGUCUUUUAAGCCCAUACUCUCAAAAAAAUCAUGAAACAAAAUGUGAUGAGUGGAUAUGUUAAGUAAAAGAAAUAAAAAUUUAUCAUA